GAGUGACUCGACUCUGACUCCUAGUGGGUGACACAUUCUUCUUCUCAAGUAUACACAAUGACAUGACAUCUUUCUCUCAACUAUCAAACACCCACCUUCUUCCGAAAAGCACUUCAUUGCACUGAGAUUUCUGCCGGUCAACACGUUACCCUUAAAUAUCGAGAAUAAGAUCAAUUAGAUCUUCCCAAUUCCGAGAUAAUUACAAUACAAACCAAGAAAAGUCUCUGUUUGUUUCGAACUUUCAAAUUUUCAAGCCCCAAAUCGGAUCAAAUCAAACCACGAAAAUGAAAGCCCUCUGGUGGGUAGCCAUUGUCCUAGCCCUCCGUUCUUUACUCGGUCCCUCCCACGGUUCAGCCAGAGAUUGGGAUCACCAUGAAAGUAGAGGUAGACGUUAUAAUUCGCGCAGACGAAGAGAAAGAACUAGGAGUAGUGAGCGAUAUGAAUACGAUGGAGAUGCGGGAGAUUUUGAAAGAUUGAGUGGAUUAGGCGAGACUCUUCUCGAUCUUCUUGGAACGGAAACGAAGAGUAGAAGCAAGAGUAAGAGUAGGCGAGAGAGGAGGAAAGGAAGUGGAAGGGAAAGGGAAGGCAGGAGGAGAGAUAGUUUUACUUAUUAGGUGAUGGGCCUUGGAAUAGAGAGUUGGCAGUUGGUUGCGUCUAUCACCCUUCACCCUUUACCCAUCCUCAAUUUCUAAGCUCUUAUUGAAGAAUUGCCGAAAAAGGGCGGACAUACCACAUAGAGCGAAAGGGUCUGGGAGAAAUUUUUUAAUGCAAGGACUUUGCCUCGAAUGUACACAGUGGAAUAUAGAGGAGAAUUUAUUAUGAAAAAUUGAUUUCUGCCUUUUGUCCUCCGCCCACACUACUUAUUAGUCUGUCAUCACCAUAUCACUUAUUCAGCCCAGUAGGAUUUCCAAUACACUGCAGUCCGACAGUAUGACAGUCAGAGGUUCUCAACGUUUGAAAGCAAUACAACGUUCAAGAUGCUUUGAACUUUUAAAAUAAUUUAAUCAGGCUCAAGCAACGAAAGUUUCCGAUUGUCGGACUGUAAUCCCAGACUUUUGGAUACUUUGAGACUCCA